GUUGCAUUGAUUUCUCCGCCCGCCGCGCUACUCAAUGUCGGCCCGGCAGGGGGAUGGGGCGCGGUGUGUCUACUUGGCGCCAUCGGUGCGUCCCGGGCGGGCCUUUCCGUGGCUGCCGCUGCAUAGCCUUUGUUUCCUCGUGCUUACUACCAGAAGGAGCAAGCGGCUUCUGCGUCGUGCUCGUGCUCCAUGGGCGUGCGGCUUAGUCAUGUACCUACUUACACCAACUAAGG